CUAUUAGGGCCAACGUAUCCGCAAGGCCGAGCCCCAACCAUCAAUUCCUUCUCUCCUCUCCCUCUCUCUCACUCGCGAACAACGAAGCAUUAUAACCUGCAGAGCCGCCACAGGACUCGAGCAACUGAAGCGAAAGUCUGAUGCUUGUUCAGUAAAUUAACAAGAACUGGGUGCCUGAAGUUUGCAAUCUGUUAGUUAAGAACCUGAAUCUUGCUCGUCUAUCGGUUCCACCGAGCUUAAAACAAAAAUGACUUUACUAAUUAGUUCCAACGCUACAGUCUGCCAAUCACUCAAUUUCCGCCAAUUAGUCCAUCCAGACCGCGGAGAAUGGCCACGACAAAUAUUCAGAUUCAACGGCCGGAAACCAAUCGCCACCUCUUGUCUUAAUGUGGACGUGCAAGCACCGGAAAGUUCCGGGAAAAUUGCGGUGGUCAGAGAGAGCAAGGAGGUGAUGGAGGCGGAAGGGAGGUUUAUAGUAGGGACGUAUGCGAGAGUGCCGGUGGUGCUGGCCAGUGGCAAGGGUUGUAAAUUAUAUGAUGUUGAAGGGCGAGAGUAUUUGGACUGCAGUUCGGGAAUUGCGGUGAAUGCAUUGGGGCAUUGUGACCCUGAUUGGGUCAAAGCUGUGGUUGAUCAGGCUAACGUGUUGACCCAUGUCAGCAAUGUUUACUAUUCCAUUCCUCAGGUGGAACUUGCUAAGCACCUAGUAGCUUGCUCUUUUGCUGAUCGUGUGUUUUUCACAAAUUCUGGAACAGAAGCAAAUGAAGCAGCUAUCAAAUUUGCUAGGAAGUACCAGAGAUACUCAAAUCCUAAUGAUGCAGAGCCAGCCACUGAAUUCAUAUCUUUUUCUAAUAGCUUCCAUGGGAGGACUAUGGGUGCUCUUGCCCUGACCAGCAAAGAACAGUAUAGAUCACCUUUUGAACCUCUCAUGCCUGGAGUGACUUUUUUGGAGUAUGGAAAUAUAAAUGCAACAAGAGAAUUAAUUCAACGUGGGAAAACGGCUGCAGUUUUUGUUGAACCCAUACAAGGUGAAGGCGGCAUCUACAGUGCAACAAAGGAAUUUUUAGAGUUCUUGCGCUCUGUUUGUGAUGAUGCUGGGGCUCUUCUGGUCUUUGAUGAGGUGCAAUGUGGUCUAGGCAGAACUGGAUACCUAUGGGCCCAUGAAGCAUAUGGUGUCUUCCCGGAUAUAAUGACGCUUGCCAAACCACUCGCUGGAGGCUUACCCAUUGGAGCUGUGUUGGUGACUGAAAGAGUUGCUUCAGCAAUAAAUUAUGGCGACCAUGGAAGUACUUUUGCUGGUGGAUCUCUUGUCUGUAAUGCAGCCCUUACUGUUCUAGAAAAAAUAUUGAAACCAGCUUUCUUGGUCAGUGUGUCUAAAAAGGGGCAGUACUUCAAAGAAAUUUUAAAUCAGAGGCUAGGUGGAAACUCACAUGUGAAAGAAAUUCGAGGACAAGGACUGCUUAUUGGAAUUGAGUUGGAUGUGCCAGCCUCACCUCUUGUAGAUGCUUGUCGAAACGCUGGUCUUCUAGUAUUAACUGCUGGAAAGGGAAAUAUUGUGAGGCUUGUGCCUCCUUUGAUCAUAACAGAGCAGGAACUUGAUGCUGCAGCUGAAAUUCUGCAAAAUUCAAUGUCCGUACUUGAUGAGAAUGAUUCAAAAUAGGAGGGGGAGGAAAUUUAGCCUUCAGCUGCAGAUCCUGGGACAUGAAGUCAAGACGGAUUUGGUGGCACGUAAAAAUUUGUUUCUUGUGUCUCACUGGGUGAAAAGAAUUAUUAAAUUCCAGUUACUCUUCUUAAAAAGGUGAGGCUGCAUUAUCAUUUGCAACUCCUCCCUUUUCCAAUUGAGAUACAGGGUGGAAUUCUCUGAAUAGUUCGGUAUUGUUGCCAUUUUGAGAUUUAAAUUGAAUGUGGUGAUUAUAAUCAUGGUCUGGUUUUAGCAGAUCAGUCUCAACGCAUUAUUUCUAUUUGUAAAAAACCGUAAUUAGCAGUACUUCAUAUGGUGAAAUCUAAGGCAUAUGAGGUUCAGCUAUGAAGUUGUGUAAUAUCUAUACACGUAUGGAAAAUCUGAUAAUUCUUUUUUUAAUUAAUUUUGC